GUGUGAUUAGUGGUUCCUGUUCGAUGGAAUAACAAGCUAAUCGAAAUGAAGGUUGGCUCUUGGGCCGUUAGGAUAAACCGAAGUGAAAUUGGAUUAUUGAAUUAAAAUACAACUUCCAUCGUCCUACGCAACCACGGAACACGGUUUAAGUGGAUAAUGGAAUAUAUACGAAUACUUCUACUGGUAGUGGAAAUAGUUGAUGGUACCGGGGCGAGGGUGGUACAAUGGUGUGAAGAAAUGUCGUAGUGAGUUCCAAACUGUGAUUCAUGUACAAGUGCAAAUUGCCACCAACGUUUGCUGGUGAUGCACCUGCAGCGCAACUAGGAGGAAACAGUUUGCGGGCUAAAGUGUGGUACAAUAGCUUGAAGUACCCGGUUUCAAUCCUGCACACGGGUAACGCCUAGUGCCGGUAACUGAGUGUGAGAAAUCGUGUCAUAUGUGCUGAGAUGAGAAAUGGAUAAAAUGGAACGUGAGCAAUGCUAGCAGUGAAGAUAAUGUGCAGAAACCCUGAUGAAGUUCGAUCGAAUGCAGAUGUGCAGUGGAAGCAGGAAACAAUAAAUAAAUUGCACAACGCAGUGCUAUCAAGAGACGAGAAUACAUUCCAGGCGGAGGAAAAUGAGCUAUAGAUAUUUAAUUCAAUUAGGGCAAGUGUAGUUGAACUAGGAAAGAAAGGACGAGUGUGAAACGUGUGCACCGGGGCGAUGAUGACAGUGAAAUUCAAAAGAUGCCAGCAAGCGAUCAUGGUUUCCACUACCAUCGAGCCACAGUGCGGAAGGAUGAACGAAUUUACGCAGUGAGCUGAGAAAACCGAGUCGAUAGACAAAAGCAUGUGCCAUCAGUGAUUGUGAUAAAAUCGUCUCCAAGCGGAAAAUGUAGAUGAAGUAAAAUAGUUUGUGAUGACAUCGUCGUACUGCUCACACCAUCAAUGUAACAAUGUCGCUUUCGCGACCAUUGUCUUCCUGCUGACGACGAUGAUCGAUAUGAGAGAACAAACCAUGUUAGCGGAGAAUCUUCCGACGACGGAAAAUGUAGCAUAUUCUAAACAAAUCAGUUCGACUAGCAAGUUGUCAUCGCCGACAGUGCCGACGUCACCGACGGAAAGGAUAUCAUCGUUGAAUGUGACAACGGCAGAUACGUUGACACUUUUCGAGCAGCAUCAGUGGAACUUUUCCUCGACACCUUAUUACGACCAGGCAUCCCUUUCGCAGUCACCGGCGACGACUGUGACGACAUCCCCACCCCCUCUAUCAGCCCUAGAGCCAACGCCAACAAUGGCUCCGGCGACACCGGCAAAGGAUCAAUACAAAUCUAGCUAUAGCAUAAAGUUCACAACUUUUCGACCAUUACUAGUACCUACUUUUCCUGAUAUUCGACAUAGGAUUAUACAUUCGAUGCCUUAUCAGUCCAAGCAUCACCAUGAGCGACAUUGGGGUCCAUUUUUCGAAGAGCCCCUCAAUGUGACUUCCGGAGCACUGCAAGUAGGCUACCAUUUGUCAACAGAAGCCAUUCUCAAUUGUAGGGUAGGAAUGUUGAAAGAUAAAACGGUGAUGUGGAUUCGCAGAACAACCGAUAAGGUAUCGCUCCUGACAGUGGGAAACAACACGUACAGCGGGGAUCCAAGAAUACGAGUGAAAUUUCAAUAUCCGAAUAAUUGGCGCCUACAUAUCAACCCAAUCAAGAAUGACGACGGUGGCCUGUAUAUGUGUCAAGUGUCUACGCAUCCACCCCGGGUUUUUGCCACAAAUCUCACAGUGCUCGAGCCAGCAGUUCGAAUAGUCGACGAGAUUGGAUACGAGUUCUACGACCGGUACUAUAAAUUAGGUAGCACAAUCGAUAUAUCAUGUCAGGUGUCGCUGUCGUAUCUGGCAACGCUGCCAACCAGGAUCCCACCAGUCUCGACGGGACAGGCUGCCAACAGUCUACUACCGGCAGCGCCUAAUAGUGGCGGAACGAGUCCGACUAGCUCCAAAUUCCCACCCGGUGGAGUGACAACUAGCAAUAAUAAUAAAGAUAAGACCAGACAAGCGCUACCGCAGAACAUCGUGUGGAAAAAAGACGGCACCGAGCUGCCGAAAGAUGUCAAGCUUAGCUAUAGCCUCUCGAAGCAAUGGCUCCACAGCAGACUGUCCAUAAUACAAGCCGAGCGGACACACAGCGGCAUCUACACAUGCACGGUGGCCGACAAACAGACGAUCUCCGCACAAAUCCAAGUGCUGAAUGGCGAAACUCCGGCUGCGGUCCAGCACAACCGUGGCGACAGGGAAAGGACCAUUUCAGCACUUAUCUUCUAUUGCGUCCUUUGUUGGAUUCAACUGCACAUAUCCUACACGUAAUGGUCCCGUGCGAAGCCCGCAACUCGCAAGCGACAAUAUAUCAAUCAUACUGGAAAGGCGCAACCAUCAAGAUUAAUUAUUCCUGCUGCUGCGGUGGUAAGCGGCGCACUCACCAAUCAUUCGCCAGUGAAAUCAUUAUGAAGGCUUUGGGCCGAGAAGCAAUCCCUUCAGCUUGCAGAUGGUCGUGAUCGGCGCUGAAUUUCGGCCGUCAUCCGAUUAGGAAAGAUUUCGGCGAGAAUAAUGAAGCGCCUUCAGCGGAACAGAGCAACAAUGGAAACCCAAGAGUCAUGAUUUAUGUAUCAUUUUUCAUCCCGUACAACCACUAUUGCGCCGCCACCAGUCUGCGGGUGGCUGAUGAUCCCGAAUAAACGCUCGUUUAAUCGCCAUUUCAACGUCAUUUUUAUUCCACUGGUUCUCACCCCAAGAGUGGCGGCCGGACAUCCGAACAGAUUUUGGGAAGAAAAAUUCGGCAAUGGAACAAGAAUAACUACCCAUCUGAUUGCGAAGUAUACAGUUGAAGUCAUGCCAAUGAUAAACGGUCAAAAUUUUGAGGAAAAUCAAAAUAAAAUCAUUAUUUUUUAGGAAUUGAAUUUUAUCGAAUUGUUAAAGGUUUAUUGUGAACGGUUAUGUAAAUACACUAGCAGAUACAAACCACUACUGUGACGAAUUGUUUUGAGUGAACACUGGUUCACUUUGCCAGUUAGAUAUUCUAGUGGAUUUUGAAAAUAAUGGGUCAUUAGUAUUUUCGGCGGAAUUACAUUUUAAACAAGAUGAUGAUGCAUAAUGUUAGUGGUAAACUGUAUCUCCAAAACAAUUAUUAUUGAAUCUAUUAUACAACAAACUCCUACCCAUACACGUACACGUGCUGUAAAAAUCAACCCAGCUGUAUCUAAAGUGAUGAAUGUUUAAUACUAAAACAAGAAUGCAUAAGCAGUAAAACAUUGUACUAAUGAAUUACAGUGAAUAAAAGAACAUGCACGGAGAGAGGCUCGUGCAUCGUCAAUGAAGCAUUACA